ACGUGACCUCGCGGGUGCCACUCCGGGUGCCCUUACAAAUCCUGACGCCGGUAGGGUCAUGGCCGGGCCGGCGCAGGGCGGUGGGGCCCGCUCUCUCGAUCUGCUCCGGGCCCUGCCUCGUGUGUCCCUGUCCAACUUGAAGCCCAAUCCCGGCUCCAAGAAACCGGAAAGAAGACCAAGAGGUCGGAGAAGAGGUAGGAAAUGUGGCAGAGGCCAUAAAGGAGAACGGCAGAGAGGAACUCGGCCCAGGCUGGGCUUUGAGGGAGGCCAGACACCAUUUUACAUUCGAAUCCCCAAAUAUGGAUUUAAUGAAGGACAUAGCUUCAGACGCCAGUAUCAGCCUUUGAGUCUAAAGAGACUGCAGUAUCUUAUUGAUUUGGGUCGAGUUGAUCCAACACAACCCAUUGACCUAACCCAGCUUGUCAGUGGAAGAGGUGUGACCAUCCAGCCAUUUAAGAGGGAUUAUGGGGUCCAACUGGUUGAGGAGGGUGCUGACACAUUUCAGGCAAAAGUGAACAUUGAAGUACAGAUGGCUUCAGAGCUAGCCAUUGCUGCAAUUGAAAAAAAUGGUGGUGUUGUUACUACAGCCUUCUAUGAUCCAAGAAGUCUAGGAAUUCUGUGCAAGCCUAUUCCAUUCUUUCUGCGUGGACAACCCAUUCCCAAACGAAUGCUUCCACCUGAAGAGCUGGUACUAUAUUACACUGAUGCCAAGAACCGGGGUUACCUGGCAGACCCUGCCAAGUUUCCCGAAGCAAGACUUGAACUUGCCAAGAAGUACGGUUAUGUUCUCCCUGAUAUCACUAAAGAUGAACUCUUCAAAAUGCUCAGUACACGGAAGGAUCCAAGGCAGAUUUUCUUUGGUCUUGCUCCAGGAUGGGUGGUGAAUAUGGCAGAUAAGAAAAUUCUCAAACCUACAGAUGAGAAUCUCCUUAAGUAUUACAGCUCGUGAAUUCCAGGAAGACAGUCAUGGAAGAGUACCAGGAAAAGGACUGAAACAUGGUUUAUCAUUGUACUCUCUACAUGUAUAAUCCUCUAGAUACUAGUGGUGUAUGCGGCCACUGUAAUCAUAGCUCUUUUUCAUUUUAUCCUAAAAAGUGUAGGAAGCAAGGACUGCACAUAGGAACCAAAUCUGUGUGGGUUGUGUAUCAGAGAAUCAACUUUUGGUUGUUUAUUGCAGAAUGAUUCUAUUUUAGAAUAUUUCUAGACUUUUGUCAUGAUCUUUUCCUCCAAGCUUUGUCUUGUUGUGAAGCAGAAAGAACAGCAAUGGAGAGUUAGAUUGACUAACAAGCUGCUGCUCGAGCAAAGAUAGAGAGAGCAGCUGCUGGUAAGCUGUGUUCCUUUAAUCAGCAGCCUAAGGAAGCUCUGCCACCCGGAACCCUCUCGUGGGAUGGAAAUGAUUAGGAAUGUGACUGAAGGCUGAUGAGUGGCUUCUAAGUAGCAUAUUUUCCAGCAACAUUGGAGGUUAGAGGAAAAAACCUUAAAAACAAUUGGUUGUGAGAAAAUUAAAUUCAGUCUUAUUCGCUUGUUUUUGAGAUGGCAUCUUGAACUCUUGCCUCAGCCUCCCAGGGAGCUGGGAAUACAGGUGAACUUCACCAUACCAGACUUAAAGUCACUUGAUACAAAAGACACAGGAACUAGUAAGCUUACUUAACUUUUGGGGGGGUAUGUUGUGUUCACAGUGUAGGAAAGUUUAAUUUAACCAUACUCAGUUAAAAUUCACCUUAUAUAAUUCAUGGCAGUCCUUCACAGUUGAAAUAAAAUGACUCCUGGCUAAUUUUCUUGAAAUAAAAUGAAAAACCUAAACUAUGUAACAUUUUAACUUUUCUCCAUAUGUUGCUGACUUAGGGGUUUAUAAUUUAUUUUUCUGCCUAGAAUAUGUUUCAUUUCUUGUCCAGGUUGUGUGAUUUGGCUUGUUAUAAACCAUUACUUGACCUAGAAUUUAGCAAAAAUCAUUAGGAUCAUCUUUGACUAUAGAAUAUCAAGUCUCAGAGGUUCCGAAUUAAAAGACAUUUUCAGAGACCUCAA